AUGAUCAAUCUCAGGAGAGAAACGAAAUUUAUUCUCAAGCUGCGGAGGAGCAUGGGGCACUGCACAUCUCUAAAUAAUGGGAAAGGAAAAUGGACAGUCCGUUCCGGAAUGACGAGCCACCACGCCGUCACAACGAAACGACACCUAAGCAUCCACGAAUAUUUGUCAAUAAAUCUGUUGCGAAACAAUAAGAUUCCAUGUGCACAAGGGUACGCAGCGAAAACUCCAGAGGAAGCAGAGGAGAAGGCACUGGAGCUGCAAAAUCGCUGUGGAGACAUCGACUUAGUAAUCAAAGCGCAGAUACUGAGUGGAGGAAGAGGAGUAGGAUACUUUAAAGAAAACAAUUUCGAAGGAGGAGUUCACAUUUGUCGAAACAGUACAGAAGUGAAAGAAGUAGCGUCGAAGAUGUUAGGCAACACAUUGGUGACGAAGCAGACAGGAGAGGAGGGAAAAAAGUGCAACACGGUUUUUAUAUGCGAGCGUUUUUACAUAAGGAAGGAAAGGUAUGUUGCUUUUCUACUGGACCGAAGUUCCGAUGGGAUAGUCCUCCUCGGAUCAUCCAUGGGAGGUUCCUCCAUCGAAGAAAUUAGCAAAAAGAAUCCCGAUGCUAUACAUAAGAUGAACAUAGAUGUACAAAACGGGUUCAGUAAUGGCCAGGCACGUGAAUUUUGUGAAAAAAUUGGGUUCAAAAAUACCGAGCUAGAUAUCGCCACAGAUGUAAUAGCCAAUUUGUACAAAAUUUUUAAGCGAUACGAUUGUACGCUGCUCGAGAUUAAUCCUUUUUCCGAGACGAACGAUGGAAGAGUCCUCUGCUGUGAUGCCAAACUAAACUUUGACGACAAUGCGGAGUACCGACAGAAGGAGAUAUUUCAGCAGAGGGAUCUCUCCCAAGAAAAUGCAGAAGAGGUAGAAGCCAAGAAAUUUAACUUAAAUUAUGUUUCCCUCGAUGGGAACAUUGCCUGCAUGGUCAAUGGGGCAGGCCUAGCCAUGGCUACCUUAGAUCUUAUCGUACUGCAUAAUGGCUCCCCUUGCAACUUCCUGGAUGUUGGUGGCGGCGCAACGGAGGACGAAAUUACAGAGGCGUUAAAAAUAAUCAACCAGAAUGCCAAGGCUAAGGUAUGCUUCAUUAAUAUCCUAGGGGGUAUCAUGCGAUGUGACAUCAUUGCGAGGGGAAUUAUCAAGGCAUGCAAAGAUACUGCCUUUGGUAAGCCACUUAUAAUUAGGCUGGAGGGGACAAACCAGGACGAGGCGGAGCAGCUUCUGCGCCAGUCCGGUAUCAAGUGCAUCUUCUGCCAGGACAUGAACGUCGCCGCGCAGAAGAGCGUGGCCAUGGCCAACAUCAUUGAGACCGCCGCGCGGGUCGACGUGCAGAUCGCCUUUACGUGA